AUGGCAUCAGACUUGCGCUCAGAAUACUCUCUAGAUAGUCUCUCUGUACUUGGCGUCGAUGGAUCCUCGCUGAUAAGGUCAUUGCCGAAUCAAGUGCUCGGAGCUCUUGCCGAGUUUUUCCAUGGGAUAUCUCCCCCGCGUGAACUGGAUGGUCAAGAGUUUAAGGACCAUGUUGCGAAGGCGUCACGAAUUGCUCAAGUCUUGCAUGCUCUAGCGGGUAUGAAAUUUGAUAAACCCACUGAAGAGCUUUCAAAGUCUCGUGGAGCGAGCAUUAAGAAAGGGAAAAGGCCGAAGAGGGCAUCCAUUUCUGGCUCCGUGAUGUUGGUAGUAGUUAGCGCCGCCGAUUCCGAGGCAUUUAGGGCGCUAAAUCUGGCUGCGCCAUCUUCGGAGGUUGAGGCGUCCGACCUUCUGAAGGGCUUGACAGAUUCUCACAGAGAAAUCCUUUUCUACUUCCUUGGUCUGCUUGAGCUUGACAGUAUUCGUGAGCUCGUUUUGCAGAAAGUAUUGCGUAUCAUUGCGCCCCCGUCAGACGUUGUCCUUCCUCAAAAAAUUAGGGAGGCAAAUGAGCACAUCUCGAUUCCGGAAGCCACUGAUUUCCCCGUCAAAAAGCAACCUCUGAAGCUUAGGUUCCCAAUGAUUGCACCGGAAAAGGCAAGACAUGCGUUUCAGUGGCCUUCAGGCUUCGGGGAUUGGCCUAUCCAUGUAUCUGCGGCCGCUAUCAAACAUUUACGCCAGUUCCGACGAGGAGACGGAACAUUCAGGGCCACUCAAGAAAAGAUAGCCCAACUUUCUCAAGGACUUUUCUCCGAAUCAAAUCAGAAACGUUUGGAAGGUGCUCCUACCGAUGUGCCGAUCUUUGAAGCCAAGGUAACGGGGGACCUCCGCCUUGUGUAUCGAAUUGACAUCGAUACCGAUCAUUAUCUCAAGAUGGACAAGCAGGUGAUCAAGGUAUAUGGUGUCUAUACUCACGAUCAGUUCGACCAUCGGCUAUGGACUCGGAUUGCACACUCGUCGCCUCGAAACGAUAGAGAACAUAUGAGAAAGGUCAAUUAUCGGAUGGAGCCCAGACGACGUGGGGCGAAGAUAAACAUCGUCACGCCACCUAUGACUUGGCCACAUGAGGGACGAGCGUUGGUAGAACACCCUCCUCCCAGAAACACCAAUAUGUCGUUGACUGAAGACGAGUGCCUGGAACUUCACAAGAUAUGGUCUCUCACAAAAUUUGUUCCGUACUCAACGGAUAUAGACGCCGAGCACGAAUUUAGCGUCUCACCCGCGGAGGAGAACAUUAUUCAACACCCGUCUUCCUGCUUUGUUAUCGGGUGGAGUGGCACCGGGAAAACCACUACAAUGCUUUUCAAAUUGCUUAUGUUGGAAAGGGCGCAGCAGUCCAAUCUCUUGGGUGACUUCGGCCCUAUUCGCCAAAUGUUUCUAACCCAAUCCCACGUUCUGGCGUCCAAGGUUGAGGAGUACUACCUGAAACUACUCGAAGCAGCACAGCUUGGGAUGCCUCCCACUCCCAAGGAUCACCGAAGGGGGCGACCCGCCGAAAGACACAUUACCGAAUUUGCCGAGGAUGCAGAUGAUCGUCCAGAUUUACCAACACGGUAUUCAGACCUCAAAGAACAGCAUUUCCCGCUGUUCCUGACGUAUGAUCAGCUACGUCGUAUGCUUGAGGUGGAGUGCGGAAUUGAAUCGCCCGCCUCUUCGCGGGGAUCUCGAAAACCCAUUCGACCGGAAAACUCAAUGUGUGUACCUCUGCCAGAACCAGUUGAUGAGGAAAGCUGGGACACUUUGGGUUCCUUGCGGAAAGGGUAUCGCGACCGCAAUAAAAAUGUUACAUUUGACAUGGGCGGCCUUCAACGUAUUUCCCCCAGCUUGUUCAAGUCGCAGUAUUGGAUUCACUUUGAUCAACAGAAGAUCAAAGGACUUGAUGCCGCACAGGUAUACAGUGAGAUCAUGGGGGUAAUUUGUGGACACGAAGACACGUUGGAGACUCAGAGUGGUUGCUAUAUGGACCGAGAAUCUUAUAUGAACCUGAGCCACCGUUCACAUCCCUCUUUUUCCACAGCACGCGAUCGAGUUUACGAUAUAUUUGAAAAGUAUCUCAAAUUAAAAAUGUUGAACAAUGCUUUUGACAGCCCAGGGAGGACGCAUGCUAUCCUGAAGCAUAUCGAUGAGAGCAUGAUGAAAAUUGACUUCCUUUAUGUCGAUGAAAUCCAAGAUUUACUUACGAUCGACACUAAAUUACUUAGAGAUUUGUGUCCGAACCCCCAUGGUCACUUCUGGGGUGGUGAUACGGCUCAGACUAUCUCUGUCGGAAGCAGUUUCCGAUUCGAAGACCUCAAGGCUCUUGUGUAUCGUGAAGAGCUGAGCGAUCGUUUCGUGGCCUCGGGGGCGAGGGAGCCGGUAAACCCUGAAGUCUUUCAGCUCCCGAUCAAUUACAGAAGUCAUCAGGGUAUUGUGGCUUGUGCCGGCUCCAUCAUUGAUCUCAUCACUACUCUCUUCCCCUACUCGAUCGACAAGCUUCAAAGAGAGGAGUCCACUGUUCCUGGCCCAGAACCGCUUAUUUUUCGACACGAAAAUGUUCAUUGGGGACGAUUUUCAUCGGAGAAAAAAAACUCUGAGUCGUGCUUUCAAUUGGGCGCGCGGCAGGCGAUUAUUGUGCGGGAUGACGUGGCCCGUGAUGAGGUUCGGACCCUGUCGGGAAGUCAGGACAAUGUCUACACGCUUAUUGAGAGUAAAGGGCUUGAAUUUGAUGACGUCCUUAUAUACAACUUCUUCGCAUCUUCUCCUGCAUCAGGUGCUCAAUGGAGAGCGAUCUUAGGCGUGCAGAGGGCUGAUGCCACGGCAUACCGCGUCCUUGAAGUUGAACUUAAAAGGCUUUACGUAGCGCUCACGCGUGCGCGUUUUCACGUCUGGGUCUGGGACUCGAGUCGCACAGCGGAUCCGAUGGUGUUCAUGAUCCGUCAGAGUCAAUUCCGCAGCUCACAAGCUGCAUCAUAUUUUCACAAAUCUGGACGUUAUCUUGACCGUGAUAUCGCACUGGCCUAUCAGCAAAGGAAGGACGCCAGGGCUGCCUCUAAUGACGACAGACGCAUAGCUGCAUUCAGUGCUGCAGGGCUCGCUUUUCAGUCUUGCGCUAGGCGUAGCUUGGACGGCGCUCAAGCCCUGCAACACAAUGCCGCGGAAUGUUUCGUACUUAGUGGGGAUUUCCAAGAUGCAGCAAAGAUUUUUGAAGAGGCUGGUCAGCACACGGACGCUGCGAUUUGUUAUCACAAGGCCCAUCUACUUGAGGAUGUUGCUCGUCUAGUUUUCCCCUCAGAUGGCUCCAACUCACUUGUUACGGAGAAAACAAGAGAAAGACUCCUGGGCACUAUAAGAAUUCAUUAUUUGUGUGCUGGGGAUUUCGAACGUGCUGCGUCGCUAUUCGAUUGUACGAAAGACCAGAUUUCGUUUGUAGAAGAGUACCUGAACAAUAGUUCCGAAAUCGUUGCUUCCAUAUACGAGCAUAAAGGCGACUAUAUAUCUGCUGCCAAGAUAUACUCCAGCAUCGGCCAGGACAUGAAGGCGGCCUCACACUGGCUCCGUUCUGAUUCGCCAGAGGCUCAGACUCAAGCGGCAUCGGCUUUGCUGGAUGCUAUGUGGAAAGUGGCCUUUAACACUGUUGACGCCCACCACGUAAAAGUACCCUGGGCGAUGCUGAGCGACAUACCAACGGACUCCAUGACAGAAACAAUGCAGAUGGAGAUGCAAAUGUUCAGGGCCAUAAUUGGGAGGGAUGUGUCCGCUCUUUGUGCUCUCGGUCGAAGUUUCGAGGCCAAAGAGUUAACUACCGAGGCCGUUUUGUCGUUCAACCAUGUCCUUCGGGGUGGCCUCGAUCUUGGCAAUGAGGAUCUCUCUGGCCUAUGUUCGAAAUUAGCAAUCGUCGAGAGUUACUGUCGCCAACUGAUCGUGUUAUUACGAGAGCGUCGUAUCUGCGACUCUACCGUCGCUCAGAGACUUGCAGGAUUCUUUCCAGCUGCUGGAAAGGCCGCAGAACACGUUCGCGAUGAAUUCUGCGCUGCUGGUGAUUCAUACGCCAAAAGGCUAGUGGAGCAGGCUUCCUCCUCUUCACGACCUACUAGGAUUGUUUCGAAAAUGCGGGAAGGAUCGGUUCAUGUGAGGGGCGAGGAUCUUCACCGGUUGCUGCGUCAAAGUCUUGGGGCCGACAUGCAAAACCUAUUGGUCGGUAUUCACUCAGAAUUGUUGGGAGCUGGUGUUCUCCAGCCCUGUCUCGGAUAUUUGCUGCACGCAGAGUGCAACAGGGUGCCUACAUGCCGGGCGCUUCACCUAGAAGCAGGUUCACGGGACAUGCUGUCUCGUUACUUCCGUGUUCACAUGCAGAUAGUAGUGACUCUGGAUUGCAUGUGGCACCUCCCUGCGACCACAAUGUCAAUGUAUAGACCGUAUGGUGAUAUUCGGCACAAAUGGAUCGGACGGAUUUUCUCUGUGCUUUUCCCUGUAACUCGGAUGUCGAGAGACCAUAUGACAUUCGACUCAAAAUCUCCUGAAGCACGUCGCGCCAUGCCGAUCGUUCGAAGUUGGGUCGACUAUCGCAUUCGGGGUCUCGAUCGCCACAGCGAAGAUCUAAUAACUUUGGAUCGGAAUUUUGCCACCAACAUCGUGAUGCUUCCGCUUAUGGCCUAUGUCCUUCACGGGAGACGUUUCCUCCGGAAUAACUUGAAGACGUAUCCCGUGCCGAGAAAGCAACAAGUGGGUCUCUCGUCCUCCCGGGAGGCCGUAUAUAACGGAGCUCGAUUUCUCCAAUGGGUCGUCGAGGCUAAACCUCCUAUCGACUUGAACGUCGUCGUGCAUUAUCUAGAGCUUCUCUGCAUGCAACUAGUUUUCGAAUACAGCAUGCUGUUUAGCCCUCUCCAUAAUCUCCUUUUGCCGCGUAGCUGGGCACCCUGGGUCCUCGACAUGUUCUCGGACAGUCCUCCAACAGUAUUUUGCAUCACACGAUUCCUGGCUCCCGUAAUAGAUAUACUUCAUGCCCUCAGUAGCCGGGAUGGCUAUGGAUUUUUCACGCUUCGUGGAUCCGUGCUCCCGUCGUGGUCAUUGAGGCAGGAAAUGAUUGCUCGAAUUUGUCUGGGAUUCAAUGGCCCUCAACACAGGGCCGACAUUUUCAAUGCAAUCAAGACACUGGAUUUUAGUCCACCCGGAGAACGCUAUGCAAGGUUUGUUAAGGCCAAAAGUUGGUGGGAGAUGGUGCAAGCCCUGACAGCCCACGGCGACCCAGACUCCUUAGUAAUUCUUUGCCAAAUUAGUGCCGAAAACCCCGCUGCGAUGCAAGUCAUGGUGGAGUGUGCCCACGAGCCCACGCAAACUAUUCACCCCUCGGAGGACAAGGAUAAGAGCGGUCAUGAUAACGCCGCGGACCCUUUGAUAGGUUCGAAUGUGAACAAGACUGUGAAACAGUUGGCCACAAAGACAGAAGAUGAGAUUAGGGCCGCUGCCGUCCUUAUCCAGCGGUGCUACCGUCGCCUGGCUGCAAAACGGAUACUUGAAUCCUCCGAAUUUCAGAAAGUUUUCCUGGCGUGUGUCAAGAACAUCAACUUCCAACCCAAUCAAGGCCCGGUGAACCGCAUCCACUUCUUUGCCAUCCUCCGCGGCCCACUUCCUCAUGUCUUAUUCGUUCUUUCCAGAGUUUUAGAGGGGGCUCGAGACGCCAAACACGCGGCUAAGUCUCGUCUUGACACUGUGGAACUUGGUGAUUUAAUGGUGGAAUGCCAGAACCAGAUCACGGUGUUAAACCUGUGCUGGGGUGCGCGGCUCAUACCUGAGAACCCACGUUCUCCACUUAGCCGCUGCUGUGAACGCAUGAACGAGCUACUGAGAGAAAUAGGACCUGAAAGUUCAAUAUUCCGCUCUGGUAGUUUCACCUCUCUCGAGCCGCAGGUUCUCGAAGUGGACGCGCUACUAAAGAAGUUUGAAUCCACUCUGACGAAACUAGAGGCGGAGUCUUUGAAAUUCCACAUGGCCAUGGGGAUUAAGGGGAUAGUCACUCCUUCGGCGCCACAAAUGUGCCCCCCAAACCAUCACUGA